ACUGAUCUACCAAACUAUAAGAACUAUAGCUAUAUGAAUACCUAAGUCUUUAUAUAUGUAAAUAGUGUCAACUAGAAGGUUAAACGUAACGCGGUAAAUCACUUGAAAUCCAUUUUUGUGCGCCGCAAAGUAGACUACAUUAUUUGUGUUUGUGCUUAGUGCCAAAAUACGGCUACAAUUACGGAAAUUUGCUACCCAUUAUCAAGAACAUUUGUACACCUUGAAAGUGCAAAUAUUUGUUAAAUAACGGAAAUGGAAUCCGCUCAGGCCACAACUUAUGAACCGCUUGAAGGGCGCGGCGCCGGCAUUCGCCAUGAGCCCAUGGACAGUCCGGAGGCGGACGUACGCAUGCCCAAAGAUCAUAAUCAUGCUGUUUAUUUAGCGUUACUAGCUGCUGGUAUUGGCUUUGUGUUGCCUUACAAUAGUUUCAUCAUCGCUGCCGACUACUGGCAGGCUCGCUUUCCCGGACGCUCAGUGGCACUGGACAUGUCCAUGACGUAUAUAAUUGUCGCUUUUGCUACCGUUUUGCUGAAUAAUGUUUUUCUAUCGCUGGCACCGUUUCGUGUGCGUGUGCUUUUUGGUUAUGUGGUGUCAUUUACUACGCUCAUCUUUGUGGCUGUGUGCGAGGUGGCGUUUCAUAUGUUUGCUGCCAAUACGGCGUACUCAGUGAAUUUGGCUGCUGUAUCAUUGGUGGCCAUCGGUUGUACAGUUCAACAAUCCAGUUUCUAUGGUUUUGCCAGUAUGUUACCCAAAGAAUACACCCAAGCAGUCAUGGCUGGCGAGAGCAUUGCUGGCUUUUUGGUAUCUUCCAAUCGAGUGGCUACUAAGAUGCUAAUCCAAAAUGAUCGCGUGUCGACGGUCAUCUUCUUUCUCACUUCAACUUUGUACAUCCUUUUCAGCUAUGUGCUGCAUCUGGCGACCAUACAUUUGCCAUUUGUGCGAUACCAUAUGAAGGCGUGCGCUAAAAUUGUGCUUAGACCGGACGAAGAUCGAUUGCAGAAUGACCUCGACGGUGGAACACCCAUCGCCAAGUAUGGGGUUCUUACGCUUGAACCCACUUCACCGCCAGCAAAUGCAUCGAAUAACACCACAGGUGCGUUAAGCUUCAGUAAUCCCGUUUACGAGCUUUCUAAUCCGACGGCAGGUGAAAGUGUAAUCGAAGGCCUGAAUAGUUUACCCGAUAUGCCGAGCACACCACAGGAGCCCACCACACCGACUACGGUUGCCUUCAAAGUGGAGCAUGUGCUCACUCCCGGCACUUGUACCCCCGGCAAGCUAAGCGAUUUGAAGAAUGGCUUCGUUUCGCGUUGGACCGUCGCACAAGCGAUCUAUCCAUAUAUGGUCUGCAUUGCGUUGGCCUAUUGCGUCACGCUCUCCCUGUACCCCGGCAUCGAAUCGGAAAUAAUUUCAUGUAGCCUUGGCACUUGGUUGCCGGUGCUGCUGAUGUUUACAUUCAACACCGCUGACGUAAUAGGCAAAAUACUAGCUGCAGUGCCAUAUCCAUGGUCACGUCGUCAACUGAUCUUAAUGUCUGGCCUGCGUAUAGUGUUGGUACCGCUCUUGUUGCUUUGUUGUGCGCCGCGACAUCAGCCUGUCAUUUCGGGCGAGACAGCGGCUUUUGUCUUCACAAUUGGUUUAGGCGUCAGCAAUGGUCUCGCUGGUAGUCUUCCAAUGAUGCUAGCACCGGCCAAGGUACCUGGUACCCUCAAAGAGGUCACCGGCAACAUGAUGACGCUAUCGUACAAUGUAGGCCUUACGACUGGCUCAUUAAUUGGUUACGUUUUUGAAUCCAUGCUUGGCGCGCAGCUCACCAAUCCCUGUCCCACUUACCCUUAUGCACCGGCUUCAAUGUUAGAUCCAACAGGCGCACAUGCACAGCUUAUCAGCACCACUAGCACGACUAGCACCACAUCGCCAAUGCUGAAUACGACAGCCGUUGCCGCGGCGCUGCUCACCACAACAGUUUCGACGUUAUUGCCCACCACCGAGGCGAGCACAACUGCUCUAGCGGCAACAGCAGCAGCUGCAACAACUGCGGCAGCAGUGACCACAACCAGUACAACCGUGGGGCCAAUACUACCCACAUUGAUCGCGCCGACUACUGCGUUAGUCACCACCACAGCGGCGGCGAUUUUGAGUUCGGUAGCGGGCACGAUCGAUAAUGUGGUCUCGGCUGUUGUAAGCACCGUCUCCUCGGCGAGCCUCGAUUUAAGUGCGGAAACGAGUAUAAGCACCACAGAUCCACAAACGCCAAAUGAGUUGAUGCAAAGGAUUUAAGGAUUUUUAAGAGCAAAAAUGACAUUUGGGAAGGUUGGAAAUGAUUUCGAAAAGGGUUUAACUAAAUUACAUAGCGAGGAGAGAGGUUAGAGGAUUUUAAGAACUCUCAUAAGAAAGGCAGUGAACUAUUUUGUAGCAGAUUUUUUAAUUUACGAAACAAUAUUUUUUGUUAUUUUUAUGACAGUUUAUUGUUUCCUCUUAAGCGCGUGAGGCAAUAUUGUAAAUAGCUGAUUCAAAUAUUAAAAAACGAGGGCUUUUAUUUUGGAGGCCAUUGGAGGUUUUUUCUUUUUCAAUUACAUAGACCUCGCCAAGUGUGUAUGACUGAAAUGAAGAUGGUCGUAUUUAUAAACAAAAACUCUUUAAGUAUAAUUCAAAAUUUUAAAAAUGCGUGCAGUUCAUUUAAAGGGAAUAUCAAAGAAAUAAUGAAACCAGCAAACAAUAAUACGUGAAAAAAGGUUUUGGAAAAGAGAUAAUACAUUUUACUUGCUACCAACAGCAUACCAUACUCAUCAAAAUACUUACAUACUCAUAUAUUUAGUACAUAUAGAUUCUAAGCAUUUCAGAAAUAUGAAGUUACACACCAAAAACAUUGAAAUCAAGCAGACAUUUUGAAAAGCCAGCACGAGAUACUCAAAAUCAGCGCCUGAAGAUAGGCUCAGAUAGUUAGAUUUAUAUAACCACAUUACGAGGUCUAAAAGCAGGCUCGGCUGGUUAGACUUAUAUAACAGUAUUCCACAGGGCCCUCGAUGUGAGUCCGAACUAUUGAACUAAAAAAUAAAACUAAUGGACGUGUAUUCAAAAAUAAUUAAAUUUAGAAACCUAUUCGAAGGAUAGGAAAAUGGAAGUUGUAAUUUAAAAUUAUUCAAUAUAUCCUCCUUCAGCUGCCGUCUACUCCCACAAACCGACUCUUCUUUGUCCAUUGUGGUCAUCAGGUCCUUGAUGAUGUUCCUCAGAGGGUUCUUAGCGAUAUGAGGCCUUGUUUUAACAUUUUCUUGAACUACGUCCGGUCAUAGAAUGUUUUCAACUUCCAAAUGACACAUCUCAAUACUACAAAGGUGCCAUAUUCACAUAGCAGGUAAUUACAAAGCAGAUGAACUUGCCAGAAUAGGUACAACUCUUGAUAUCCAUUUGGAUGAAACGUUGAUACUUAUGCCCAAAGCCACUUGUGAAGUACUAAUAGAUAGGGGAACCAUCAACAGGGUAAAUGCAAUUUGACAAAACCUGACGACAUGCGAACUAAGCAAACAAACAUAGCCUAAAUUGAACUGCGGUCGCUCAAAAAGGCUGUUGAGAUUUAAUACAGAAUUUACAAGCAAGUUGAUAUGUGUGUUAGCUGGCCAUUGUUCAAUAGGUAACCUCACCAGAAGGAUGAAAUUUUUGCAGAAGCUGUCUUAACACGGAGAAGAGGAAGUAAUCAGACACCUCCUAUAUGAGUGUGAAGGCUGAGAAAGAAAGAGGCUUCGCACGCUUGGGAGUGCAUUCUGGAAAGAUGUAGUGGAUAUAUCGCAUUUAAAGGUAACGGGGCUUUUAUAAAAGGUACGGAAUGGUUUAAAAAAAACCCCAUCGUUUAGGAAAAGUUCCAGUGGUAUUACAAUGGAUCUACGACAAGUCGAAGUGUGCCAUUAUGACAGCUGCCCUACCUACCCAGCCACGUUCGGGCGUGAAAGUGAUUACAAAGAUGGCAACCAGUGAUAGAGAAGGUUGCUGUGGAGUCAAUCCUGAGCUUUCUUGGCUUAUGAGCAUGAACCACGUACUUUUUUCCAGCGGCCACGAUAUCGAUUCAAUGUUUAACAGCUUUUCGCGCACUCCUCUGUCAAUCAACAAUUUUGGCCACUCCAUUCCUCCUUAAAUGUGUUCCGGAUUUACGCCGUCGGCCCUGUAAGUCGUUUUCGCAUUACAGUUGAAACUUCUUACUGUGCUCUACUUUUGAGCGCUGCCUUUGAAAAUAAAUUGGAGCUGCUGUAACGUCGAAGAUUGUUUUUUUACUUAAAUAUCAUCAACAAUUGUACUCAUCAGUUAAAAAUCAUAAUGAAAGUAUAGUGCGAAUAAUGUAGCGAAAUUAUGCUAGAAUAUACAUACGCACAUUUGUGUGUAAUAAAUACAAAAUAAAAAUCACAUACAAUUUGUAAAGUGCGAAUAACUCUUAAGCUUCAAAUGGGGUCAGCAUAUAAAUGCACCAGUGUGACGCAUAUUUUUAGGCGCGUUUUCAUGUUUUGCAGCAUAACAAAAAGGGUUGAUAGAGAUUUAAAUUCUUAUAUGACACGAGAUAUAUUUUUAAUAUAUACAUAGCUAUAUAAGAAAUAAAGUUAAAAUUAAAUACUAAAAAGCAAAGCAGAAACCGAAAACAUAUAUUUAUUAAACGUGUAGCGGUCAUAAAUAUAUAAUAGGAAAGUUGUCAUAAUAGCUACAAAUUUUCUUUGAAGUGUAGAAAAAUUUGAAAAAAAUUUUGAUAUUCUAUGUUCCUGCCUAUAAUUUUUUGGUGUCUUAUGAAAGUUAAUUUUAUAAGUUUCCUCAAAAAUUGAAAACACGUAUUUUUUUUAAAUAAAUUUUUUUUUGAUAUACUUUGUUGUUAAAUAUAUUUUGCGAGCAUUUUCGCUCCAAAUUUCAACGCAUGCAUUUUCUUCUUCAAACCUAAAACCGCAGUUUUUGGCUGAUCGUGGUUAGAUACCUAAUGCAUAGGUAAUUUGUAAGCUCCAUAGUUUGUAAGAUGCUUCUAUAAGGUGUCAUAAAUGUGUUUUUUAUUUACAAAGAAAAAAAACCAAAUUGAAAUGUUAUCAUUGUUCGUCAGUUAUAUUCGUUGUAUGUACUCGUAUGUUAUCGUGAUUUUAUUAAUUUUCAUAGUUGUCGAACUGGAGAUGGGGAAAAUGUUUUGCGACUUUUUGAUAAGCAAAAUUAUUGACAUUGCUUAUCGACCGCUGGCAAUUACAACUAAAAUAUGUGGGUAAAUAAACUGUAAAGUAAUGAAUAGAAAUAUGAAUAAAGUGAAAUUAAAAAAGUCGAAAAGGGCAAUCGUUUUUUUAACAAUGAAAUGU